UUCACCUAAACAUGGCCUUAACAUUACGUUCUUCUACUUCUUUCAUCAAGCUAAAAGAAGCCAGAAGCUUCAAAACCCCCGAUGACUUCUUAGCCACCAUUCCCUUUGCUCAGAUGAAGCCAUCGUGCCGUCUCCGAGCAAAGAAUUCCACGUCCAUGUCGUUGCAGGGUAAUAUCUCCAUCAAAGAAACGGAGAACUUACAUGCUCCUACGGUUUCCCAUACUGAAAACAACUCAAAGGUGCCUGUCUUCGUGAUGUUGCCACUCGACACGGUAACUGUAGGAGGUAACUUGAACAAGCCACGGGCGAUGACUGCCAGUUUGAUGGCCUUAAAGAGCGCCGGCGUGGAAGGGGUUAUGGUGGACGCUUGGUGGGGUUUAGUGGAGAAAGAUGGACCUUUAGACUAUAAUUGGGAAGGGUAUGCUGAGCUUGUGAAAAUGGUCGAAAAGCAUGGUCUGAAGCUCCAAGUUGUCAUGUCUUUUCAUCAGUGUGGUGGCAAUGUUGGAGACUCUUGCAGUAUUCCAUUGCCUCCAUGGGUGCUUGAGGAAAUCAGCAGAGACCCGGACCUUGUCUACACUGAUAAAUCGGGGAGGAGGAAUCCCGAGUACUUAUCCUUGGGAUGUGACUCGGUUCCUGUUCUCAGAGGAAGAACACCAAUUCAAGCUUACACAGAUUACAUGAGGAGCUUCCGUGAGAGGUUCAAAGAUUACUUGGGACGAGUUAUUGUGGAAAUUCAAGUGGGGAUGGGACCUUGUGGGGAACUGAGAUACCCGUCUUAUCCGGAAAGCAAUGGAACAUGGAAAUUUCCUGGGAUUGGAGAGUUUCAGUGCUAUGAUAAAUAUAUGAGAGCUUCACUUGAAGCAGCAGCCGAAGCCAUGGGGAACAAAGACUGGGGAAAAGGUGGUCCACAUGAUUCAGGCCAUUACAAGCAAGUUCCUGAAGAAACUGGGUUUUUCACAAGGGAUGGAACAUGGAACACCGAGUACGGACACUUCUUCCUACAAUGGUACUCCAGAAAGCUACUGGAGCAUGGAGACCGAAUACUUGCAGCUGCAAAAGGAACAUUCCAUGGAACAGGAGCGAAACUAUCAGCAAAAGUUGCUGGAAUUCACUGGCAUUACGGAACAAGGUCCCAUGCUGCUGAACUCACAGCUGGGUACUAUAAUACUAGAUACCAUGAUGGUUACCUCCCAAUAGCUAAAAUGUUCAGUAAACAUGGAGUUGUUUUCAAUUUCACUUGCAUGGAAAUGAGAGAUGGGGAACAACCUGGAUACGCAAACUGUUCACCUGAGGGAUUAGUCCGGCAAGUAAAGAUGGCAACGAAUACGGCCGGAGUCGAACUCGCCGGAGAAAAUGCACUGGAGAGGUAUGAUGCUGGUGGAUAUGCACAGGUUUUGGGAACCAGUAGAUCGGAUUCAGGCAACGGUUUGAGUGCAUUUACAUAUUUAAGAAUGAACAAAAGGUUGUUUGAAGGGGACAACUGGAGGCAUUUGGUGGAAUUUGUGAAGAACAUGUCCGAAGGAGGAAGAAGGAUUUCCGAGUGCGACAGCCGGGGAACAAAUCUUUACAUUGGGUUUCUCAAAGACGAUAGUGUUGAGAAAAAGGAGGCUGCUUUUGUAUAGAAAGUAUGUACAGAGUCCAUGUACUCCA